AAAGCUCACCAACAAAACUAUCAGCGCAGACACAAACAUGGCGCCUACCGACAACUUUAGAUGAAAGUGUGGCUGAGAAGUAACCCGCAAAGUUCCGGAGGACUAUUUCGAAGUGGCUUUCUGUUUUAAACCGUUUUCUUGUUGCGCGCUCAGCUGGUUUGUUCCUGUUUUGCACAUUUUUUUUUUUUUUUUAACAAACACGGAAUAUAUUAAAGCGGCGAAACAGCAAGUUGCCUACAUGUCAACAUUGUCCCUCGCUGCAGUGUAAACAGCUGGUACGCCCAGCCAUGAUCGAGGACAAGGGUCACCGUGUGACCGACUACUUUGUGGUGGCCGGGCUGACAGACAAGUCCACGCCCCUCGAGCAGGACCUGUCGGAGACCAAGUCCAGCGGGCCCAAAGCUCCCAUCACCGACCUGGCCGUCAUUAACAGGUCGGCAGGAGAAACGGUGCCCGAGGGCUUCACCUGCAUCGACAGCACCUACAGCGGCCAGCCGGCAAACCUUAAUCACGGCAGUCUUAAGAGCCCCGAGCUGUUCCUGUGCUACAAGAGGGGUCGGGGGAAGCCUCCGCUCAUUGACAUCGGGGUGCUGUACGAGGGUAAGGAGCGUCUGAUCCAGGGCUGCGAGGUCAUCCAGGCCACGCCGUACGGCCGAUGCGCCAAUGUCAACAACAGCUCCGCCACGUCACAGCGCAUCUUCAUCACCUUCCGCCGGGCGCCGCCUGUCCAGCCUCAGAACUCGCUGGCGGUGACGGACAUCUGCGUCAUCGUCACCAGCAAGGGCGAGACGCCACCGCACACCUUCUGCAAGGUGGACAAGAACCUCAACUGUGGCAUGUGGGGCUCCAGUGUGUUCCUGUGCUACAAGAAAUCCGUAUCUUCAGCAAAUUCCAUCAGCUACAAAGCCGGUCUAAUCUUUCGCUACCCAGAAGACGACUACGAGUCUUUUCCUCUGUCCGAGUCCGUUCCUCUCUUCUGUUUGCCGAUGGGUGCCAAGAUCGAGUGCUGGGCGCCGAACACUCGCGACCCUCUGCCCGUCUUCUCCACGUUUGUCUUAACCAUCUCUUCUGGUGAAAAGGUUUAUGGAUCAGCCAUCCAGUUCUACGAGCCAUAUUCAGUGGACCUGCUGAGCGAGAAGCAGAAGAUCCAGCUGGGUCUGCUCACCACGGUGGAGAAGAAGAUGAUCCCCAACCGGCCCGUAAACACCAACAAAUGCAUCUGUCUGCUCUCCCGCUGGCCCUUCUUCGAGUCCUUCCGCAAGUUCCUGAUGUUCCUCUACAAGCUGUCCGUCUCUGGGCCGCACCCGCUGCCCAUCGAAAAGCACAUCUCGCACUUCAUGCACAAUGUGUCGUUUCCUUCCCCUCAGAGACCCAGAAUCUUGGUCCAGCUCUCAGCACAUGACACUUUGAUCCUGUCCCAGCCCGUGUGCACACCUUUACCCCUCAGCGGGGCGGACUACGGCACUCUGCUGAUGAACCUGGGCUCAGAAAACUGCGCCACGCUGCUGCACUUUGUCCUGCUGGAGAGCAAAAUCCUGCUGCACUCGCUCCGGCCCGCCGUGCUCACCGGAGUGGCCGAGGCCGUGGUGGCUAUGAUCUUCCCCUUGCAGUGGCAGUGUCCCUACAUCCCCCUGUGUCCGCUCUCUCUGGCGGGCGUCCUCAACGCGCCGCUUCCAUUCAUAGUGGGGGUGGACUCACGCUACUUUGACCUUUACGACCCCCCGCCAGAUGUAGUCUGCGUGGACCUGGACACCAACACCAUCUACCUGUCUGACGAGAAGAGACACAGCAACUGGAAGAACCUCCCCAAGAAGCCCUGCAAGAGUCUCAUUAACUCGCUAAGCAACUUGCACCACCAGCUGGCCACCGUUUCAGUCCGUCAAACAGCACAGGAGGGUUCGGCGGUGGACAUGACGCCCAUCGAGGCGGACUUCACCUGGCACAAGAAGAAGACGGCUCUGGAGAUGGAAAUCCAGGAGGCCUUCCUUCGCUUCAUGGCCUCCAUCAUAAAGGGCUACCGCUCCUACCUCAAACCCAUCACCCAGGCGCCCUCUGAGAAGGCCACGGCCGCAGACUCCCUCUACGACCUGCAAGGUUUUCUCAAAAGCAGAGACCGAGCCCACCAGAAGUUCUACUCCCAGCUCACCAAGACCCAGAUAUUCAUCCGCUUCAUCGAGGAGUGCACCUUCGUCAGCGACAAGGACACCGGUUUGGCCUUUUUCGACGACUGCGUUGAGAAGCUUUUUCCCUCUGAUAAAAUCACCGACAAGGGCACCAAGGUCGAAGGAGAGUCAUCCGAGGACACGCGACUGCUGGAGCUGGACGAGUCUCAAAAGAGUGAGCACACUGUCUUCGUCAUGCCUCCCGAGCCUCCGCCUAACGACGGGCCCGAGCCGGCUCCUCGAUACACAUAUAAAGGCUUCCCCAGGCUGCAGAUGAGUCUGUUCGACCGUCCCAGAGUGUUGCGUCCAGCGCUUAACAGCAGAGCGACGUGGGACAGUUUGUCCAACAGCCCUGCACUGCUGGCUAAGAGAACAAAGCAGGAGAUCAAGCUGGCGUACAAGAUGGCGAAGCGUUUCUACUCCAACCCGCCGCUGUGGGCCCGCUGCCUGUUCAGCCACUGCUACAGCAUGUGGUUCAUCUGCCUGCCGGCAGCGGUGCGGCUCGCCAAGUCGAAGAGCCGCGCCAUGCAGCAGGCGUACAACGUCCUGUUAAAGAUGAGGACCACCGAGGUGGAGGUGCUGGAUGAGGUGUGUUACAGAGUGGUGAUGCAGCUCUGUGGUGUGUGGGGUCUUCCUGUCAUGGCCGUGCGAGUCCUGGUUGAGAUGAAGAAAGCUGGAGUCCAUCCCAACGCCAUCACAUACGGAUACUACAACAAGGCCGUCCUAGAAAGCCCGUGGCCCAGCCGAAACCGUAGCGGCCUCUUUAUGUGGACCAAGUUGCGAAAUGUGCUUCGUGGUGUGACCCAGUUCAAACAGGCCUUAAACCGCACAUCCUCCAAGACGGGAUCCACACUAACCACCACAGCUGCAUCAGUCGGAGGGUCAGCAGUCACUGAUUCUGACCGUUUGAGUCACGGAAGUGCCGACAGCUCGAGUGAGGUCAACGGGGAGGAAAACGAUGUGUUUGCUCAGAGCCACGACAAGGGAGACGCAGCAGGCAGCCACUGUAGCACAGGGAGACAGUCUGAUCAAGGCUACGGCUCUAAAGACGAGUUACACCAGGAGCUGGCAGAAGCUUCACACACAGCUGUUCCUUCAGCUGACGAGAGGAACAACCCCAAAGGCCAGCAUAAUGGCGGUGACAUUGCUGGCUCAGUGGACAGUGCAGUGGCAGUGGCAGAACCUCCCAGUCCAGUCGAUGUGCCCUCACCAGUCCCCAGUAUUGUCAAACUGUCCACAGGGAGCUUCGACGCUGGCAGGGAAACAGGUACGGGGAAGCUGUUCAGGAGACACAGCAGCAAGACUGAUCAUGUGUCUCCACCUGAUGAAGAUGCCUCCCGUCAAUCAGAGGGUGUAGCUAAACCGUCUCAGCAGCAGCGGCAGAAGUCCUUUUCUGAGCGCAGCUGCAGCUUCAGCGCUGAGACUCGCGCUGGGAUGCGUUUGGAGAGAGACGUGGACCACAUGGCCAGCCAGAUGGGCGCCGACGCUCGGAUCCUGGCUGCAGCGCUCUCCGGAGGCCAGAGUCCUCCUCCAAACAGUGUGUCCAAAGCUCUGUUUAAAGACCUGGAGGAAGAGCCUGAGGAUGAUCAGGGCUUGACUCUUCGGACGCUGGAAGACAGCCGAGGAGCGCCGGAGGAAAGGAAGGGAGAUGAUAAGGAGGUGAAGGGGACCGAGGUGGACGGGGAGAAUCGACAGAGGAAGCUCACCGAAACACAGGAUGACGAGUCCGGAGCGCGAGGAGCGACCUUGGAGAGGGCAGACGUCGAGGCAGGCGCUGAUCCACUUUCCCUCCUGGUGUCGGAGAGCGAGGAGUCGGCCUCCGUCACCAGCCAGGAGCUGCCGCGGCCCGUCCCAGCUGUGGUGUCCCGGAACCUGGCUGAGGAGAUCGAAAUGUACAUGAGCCUGAGGAGCCCGCUGGGCGCCAAGUCCUCCAGCAUGGAGCUCCAGCAGUCCCAGGGAGACUCCACUGACGCCCCCCAGCCCAAACAGCCCAUAGAGCGGAGGUCCAGCCUCCCGGUGCCUCCUGUCAAAACGCCGACCGGCUCACCAGGCGACACCCCCAAACGCAGCCCCAGCACCGUCACUCGAUCCAAGACGUUUGCAGCAAAGACAAAGACACCUGGAAGCGCCGCAGCGAGUCCAGGGCCCAGGUCGGCCUCGCUGACGGCGCUGGUCAAGUCCUCGCAGGGAGGCUCACUGGGCUCCGUCAUCAACUCCAUCUCAGGCAUCAAGAUGGACACCCUGUUGUCGGGGCCUAAAAUCGAUGUGCUCAAGUCGAGCAUGAAGCAGGCGGCAAAUGUAGCCAGCAAGAUGUGGGGGGCCGUGGCAUCAGCCUACAACUACUCAGAUGACGAGGAUGAACAAGCGCAGGCCGGUGGCGGCUUCCCAUCCCAUCUGGAUGAAAACAUGCUGUCUGCACACGACUUGGAUGAGAGUCCAGAGAGAAGAACCAUCCCCGGGUUGGUGGCCAACGGUCUGAACCAGAGCUGCACCAGUCUGGGCAGCAGCAGUGGCAGCAGUGACAUCGGCCGAGGGACCCACCAGACACAUCCAACUCCAGGGCGAGCAGGCAGGGGUCCAGACUCUGAGCAGAGCUCCUCGCAUCACGCGUCCUCCUCCAGCAUCUACCAGAACUGUGCACUGGAGGUGCUGAUGUCCAGCUGCUCCCAGUGCCGCUCCUGUGAAGCUCUGGUGUACGACGAGGAGAUCAUGGCAGGCUGGACAGCCGACGACUCCAACCUCAACACCAACUGUCCUUUCUGUCGCACAGCCUUCCUGCCCUUACUGCACAUCGAGUUUCAUGACUUGCGCACGAUGACCGGGUUCUUUAUGAACCCCAGUGCCUCAGGAGACAGCAUCCACAGCACCAGUACUCAGCCCACAGCGAGCAGCUCAGCGGACAUUAAAACACCAGACCUGAUCAGUUUUCCUGAGGAGGAACCGAGGGAGACUCUGGAUAAUCGUACUGCGACACACAAGAGUCUGAUUCCAGAGCCGGUGCAGUCGGACCCCCUGGGUCUCCUGGAGCACCAGGCAGCAGGGAAGCAGCAGAGGUGUAGUGGGACUUCACUGACUCGCAGCAACAGCGUUGGAGGACCGCUGCAGAGCCUGGACUACUCCCAGAGACCUGGACACGGUGUCUCCACCACCAGCCUGCCCUGCAGCCUGCAGGAGGUGUCGGAUGGCAUGGGAGCAAAACGACCAAAUCCCAAGCCGGUGUCAGUACCGUACCUCAGCCCGUUGGUCCUGCGCAAGGAGCUGGAGACGCUGCUGGAGAAUGAGGGCGAUCAGGUGAUCUACACCCACAAGUUCCUGAGCCAGCACCCCAUCAUAUUCUGGAAUCUGGUUUGGUAUUUCCGCCGCCUGGACCUGCCGACUCACCUGCCUGGACUCAUCCUUACAUCUGAGCACUGCAACAAUGGAGUGCAGCUGCCCCUGACGUCGCUGUCGCAGGACAGCAAGCAGGUUUACGUACAGCUGCUGUGGGACAACGUCAACCUGCACCAGGAGCCCGGAGACCCGCUUUACCAGCUCUGGAGGACCUUUAUGGAGAAAAAGGGGACUCUGGCUCCGACGGACCACCAGGAGGUCCGAACCCUCCUCAACACGAUUGUUCGCAACAUCCAGACCAACGACGUCUACGGUCCCAUCAACCUGCUGAUCCGAGAGAUCAAGCGGCGUCCAGACGGGGUCAAACGACAGAGGAGCAUCUAUAGAGAAAUCCUGUUUCUUUCGCUGGUGGCCUUGGGACGGGAGAACAUAGACGUAGAGGCCUUCGACAGGGAGUACCGCCUGGCCUACGACGAGCUGAGCGCCGAGCAGCUCAAGUCUUUGCACCGCAUCGACCGGCCGCUGAGCCCGAGCGUCCAGUGGUGCCUUAAAUGCUUCGGAGCCCCUUUCAUCUGAACGCAAAGCCUGACCAGAGACGGCAUCGUUUAGAGUUUAAACACCUCCAACCGCCCAAACAUGGUACUACUUCUUCUUCCUCUUUGCCUCGGAAGAUGCCCGUUGUCUGCUUCUCUUCUUUAUUUUUCUACUACCUUUAAACGCUUCUGAGAGGUUUCCCAAGCAGCUGCCUACAGGUGGGACUGGUUUUGUGAACUGCUUGGACUCUUUGGGGACGAGUUGAGCUGACUUUCCUUACAGAUGGUCUAUAGAGCGAUAAAUCACUGUACAGAAUGUAUUGACUGCCCUCGUGUGAGUGUGUGUAGAAGCAGACUGUUUCUUGCUUUUGCUUAGAGAUCAGUUGUUUGAACAGUGUACAGACUCUUUGUGCACUUUCCAAAAAACAAAAACAACAGCAACUUGAGUCCACCUGUCUUUUUGUACAUAUUUUUUCACUUUUGGGGGAAUUCUAAAAACCAGGGUUGCCUCUUUUUUUUUUUUUUUUUUUCCUCCAGGCGACACGUCUCGAUGAAUUGUCCGAUUCUUAACGAAUGUUCAGGUUGUUUAAAUGUACAGGCUCUCCGUCUGCGGCAGCACACGUGCAGACGGGGAGCGGACCGGCGGACAAUCACUAAUUAUCAGUCACUAACGAUGAUUCACAACAUUCCAGACGCUCUGCUCUCACAGCGGGCCUCACACCAACGCCGACACUCAGCCGAUUUUUAGAAGCAGGUAUCGUCAAACGGCAAAGAUUAAAAAAGGUGUGCCACACUACUGAUUCCCACACAUGAAAACCAGACACACCGAUGCAGUCCAGCUUGUGUUUUUAAUAUCCGCGUUGUUUUAACAGUCUCGUGCUGUUGUCAUUCAGCGAAGAUGCCUUAUUGUUAUGAUGAGCUGGAGCUGUAAUUCACACGUGCUUAGAAUGAACCGCUAAGGCGUUUUACAGUAGAUGUAUUACUUGCUGACCGGAUCGUGGUUCACACAGUAGCUUUGAUUAAUAACGCAAAAGGGCUUCUUCAGGACUGCCGACACUGUGUCGAGAAAGACAGACUUUGACGUGACAUUCCACUUAAAUGCGGAAAAAAAAAAAACAGCUCGACGAAUCGCUGGGAAACGGGUUUCGAUGGGUUUGUUUGGGAGAGUGACUUGUACAGAUGAGAUGAUGUAAAAUAUUCCGUUUGCACUGCAUAGAUUGACCUUAAACCAGGGUGAGAAUAAGAUUAAAAAGAAAAAAAAAAAAGAUAGAAUAUUAACAACACACACCAGGUUUGUCCUCCAAAACAACAAAGAAAUUCUCAAUUAUUUAUUUUUGUAUUAUUGAUAUUUGGAUUGCAGUCAAUGUGCUAAUCUAGGAUUUUUAUGACUAACACCUCCCCUUCCUUUCCCUUUUAAUCUGUCUGAAGGGAUUCCACCCUGUACUGACUUUGUAAAUUUGAUCUCCUUAUGGCAGAGGAUGUACAGAAAAGACUUUUUUUUUUUUUAAUAAAAAAAAAAAGAAAAAUAGUAGAAUAAAUGAUCUCUUUACCGUCCUGUGGAAAGGAAAUGAAUGUCUACACUUAAGUGCGCUGCAAUAAAUGAGUUUGUGAAUUGAUUAAAAACG